AUGAAUAUCCCGCCGACACAUAGACAAACAGGAAAUACAAAUACAAAUUGGAUUGUUGUUGUUUUUAGAUUUAAAAUGUAUUUAGACAACCAGCAAAAAUGGGAGUCAGCACCAGCAUGGAGAUACAUUGAUAUCUACCUUGACCCAAAGGAUCCAGUCAGUGAUUCCACCGCAUGGAUUCUUCAAGUCAACACGUUCACCGUUAAUGGUGAUGUUACGAGACUGGCAAACGAACCAAACAAUCAUUAUCACACCACUAUCGAAGCUUUAAUUCCAUUUACAAUGAGUGCAACCAUCAACGUUUGUUGGGAAAAAUAA